UGAGCCCGGCUGUUUUCCUGCAGUUCUGUUACACAUUGGCAUUGUGCUCUCCCCUUUCCUUCUUUAUCUCUUCUUGCGGUAUCUUUGUCCUUACUCCCUGAAGAUGAAAGACGCCCAUGACACUGCCUCCAUGGCUGAGGUAGAGGACGUCGAGGGCAAGCCUGCUACCACCCAGGAUGCUUUGGCGGCUAGCUACAUCCCAGGGACUGACGAAGAGAAGAAGCUGGUCCGGAAGAUUGACCUAUACCUGCUACCAUGCAUCUGGAUCAUGUACCUGCUGAGUUACAUGGACAGAACCAACAUCGGUAAUGCCAAAGUCGCCGGCAUGGACCAAGACCUCGACCUCGACUCCAACCGCUACUCCAUCGCCCUGGUCGUCUUCUUCGUCGGCUACGUCGUCCUCGAAAUCCCCUCCAACAUGCUCCUCGAACACAUCAAGCCCAACGUCUGGCUCCCCGUCAUCAUGUUCGCCUGGGGCUGCGUGACUAUUGGCAUGGCCUUUGUCAACUCCUACCAAGGCCUAAUCGGCUUCCGAGUCGCCAUGGGUGUCCUCGAGGCCGGGUUUGCCCCUGGUGUGCUCCUGGUCAUUAGCUCGUGGUACAAGAAGUCCGAGCAGAGCAAGCGGUUCGCCGUCUACAUCUCGGCUGCUAUCCUCUCUGGUGCCUUUGGCGGCCUGAUCGCUGGUGGGAUUGUCGGGAGCCUUGACGGGGUUCAUGGCAUUGCUGGCUGGAGGUGGCUGUUCAUUGUCGAGGGGGCAGCCACUGCUGGUGUCUCUAUCAUUGCUAGCUUCCUCCUGCUUGACUUCCCUGCAACGACGAGUCGUCUUACCGAGAGGGAGCGCGAGCUUGCCCUGGCAAGAAUGGCCGCCGAGGCGAUGAUGGUUGAGAGCAGCGAUGGCCCGGCCUUGACCCAUUCCCAAGCACUCAAGCACAGCUUGAGCAACUGGAAAACAUGGCUUUUCGUCGUCGGCUACAUGGCAAUCGUCGGCUCCUCCACUCUCUCCUACUUCUACCCAACCCUCGUUGAAGGCCUGGGUUACACCGGCAACAUGGCCCAGUAUAUGGUCAUCCCCAUCUACGCCGCGGCCUUCGUCUGCAACGCCAUCGUCGGCUACUUCGCUGACCACCACCAGCCGCACCGCGGCUUCUUCCUCGUCGCCAUGAUGCUCGUCGCAAUGGUCUGCUCGAUCAUCAUCUGCGCCGUCUACGACCUCAAGGCUCGCUACGCCCUCCUCGUCAUCAUGGCCAUGGGCCUUUGGGCGUCCAACGGGCUGUCGCUCGCCUACGCGUCCACCAGCUUCGGAGACAUGCCUCGUGAAGUCCGUGCAAUCUCGCUCGCCCUGGUGAAUGCCAUGGGCAACCUGGCGCAGAUUUAUGGCGCUUACCUCUUUCCUGAUGCUGAUAAGCCGAAGUACCUCAUGGGCUUUGGGGUUAUCAGUGGGUUGUGCUUUACCGGUGUUAUUUCGUACCUGGCGUUGCAGAUUUUCUUGAAGGUCAAGGUUGCGCGAAGGGUGUAAUCAUCUACCAUCUGAUCUUACCUAGAUAUGUGUAUAUAGCCUAGAUGAUGAUACGUAUAACGGAUACCGGCGUUUCCUUUUAUAUUGCAAAAUUACAAUAACAGAACUAUGUUAACAAAAUAUUCCCAUAUUAUACAUAUCCUAAGCAGUCAACGACCUCAAUCCCCUCUCAAGCAGCACACCGGCAGCACCAGCACCAACAACAAUCCAGCUCCACUUGUUACUCGCCUCCUUCAAGUCCGGCCAGAAGCUGUUCUUCUCCUUCUGGUAAUCCUGGAACUGCGCCGCCUUGACGGGGUCCUCCUUAGCGUACCGCUCCGCCUGGUUCUGCUCAUUCUCACGGUCUCCGCCGACGAACCGCAGGAAGACGUAGUUCACAAUAGGGCCCAGCGCAGCGAGGGGGUGGAAGAGACCCGCGCCGAUAAGCAGGAUCGGGAACGAGGCGUGGAUGAGCGCGUCGCCAAGAUAGCUUCGC